GCCACCCACUGAGCCUGAAAUAAAGUGAUAUUCACUUUAAAACAUACUGUUUCUAUAAAGAAAUAUUCUACUGAUGAAGAAGGGUUCUUCAAUGAGUCUUCUGAUCCUGCUGUUCAUCUGGUGGGGCACGAAGCCCUGAAUGGCACAGCAGAAUCACACCUCAGUGGCGGAGUUCAUUCUUGAGGGUUUGAGUGACCAAGCGGAGAUAAAGGCAGCCCUCUUUGUGCUGUUCCUGCUCGUCUACGCCACCACCCUUUUGGGCAACCUGGGCAUAAUCUUAGUCAUCCGAGGUGACCCACGACUCCACACAUCCAUGUACUUCUUCCUCGGCAGCCUCUCCGUUGUUGAUAUCUGCUUCUCCUCUGUAAUUGCUCCCAAGACCUUGGUGAACUUCCUAUCGGAGAGGAAGACCAUUUCCUUUGUUGGCUGCAUGAGCCAAGCCUUCUUCUACAUCAUCUUUGUGACAACUGAGUGUUUCCUACUGACCGUCAUGGCAUAUGACCGGUACGUGGCCAUCUGUAACCCCCUGCUCUAUUCCUCUGUUAUGACUUGGAGGUUGUGCAUGUGGCUGGUGGUGGGGUCCUACAUUGGAGGUGUCCUGAACUCCAUCAUACAGAUGACUUUCAUCAUCGGUCUGCCCUUCUGCAGCUCCAAUAUCAUUAACCAUUUCUUCUGCGACAUUCCUCCCCUCCUGGCUCUGUCCUGUGCCAGCUCCUACAUCAAUGAGAUGAUCCUCUUCUCCUUGGCUGGCACCAUUGAGCUCAGCACAAUCUCUGCCAUCCUGGUCUCCUACAUCUUCAUCUUCUUUGCCAUCCUGAGGAUCCGUUCUUCUGAAGGCAGACAAAAAGCUUUCUCCACCUGUGCGUCCCACUUGACAGCCGUGGCCAUGUUGUACGGGACAACAAUCUUCAUGUAUUUACGCCCCACCUCCAAUUAUUCCCCAAGCACUGACAAAAUAGUUUCCAUCUUCUACACAGUGGUCAUCCCAAUGCUCAACCCCCUCAUCUACAGCCUGAGGAACCAGGAGGUGAAGGAUGCUCUGAGGAGAAGAGCAGAAAGAAUCACAGUCAGGCUCUAAACCCUCCUCAAUAAAACCUGAUACAGGAUUUCUCUCAGAGGCUGUGGAGCCUCCACCCAUGGAGAUACUCAACCAUUACCUGGAUGGGGCCAUGAACAACCUGACAUGGCUGUGAAGUCAGCCCUGC